CUUGUUAGGAUUAUGUCUCAGGAUCUGGGCCGCUGGCAGUCCGUGCGGUUUGACACGGAUGGAUCCUUUUAACCCAAAGCCACUGGAGGAUGAACUACUCAAGUCUCAACAAUCACCCCUAGGGCUAUGUUAGUUAAGGAUGGAGACUUACCUAAUGAACCUUGUUUGAGGAAGAUAGCUUUCCAACAACCAACGAAUUGUACUUGUGUACUCCUUCAGCAACUAAGGCGAGACACAGUCGGCGCCUCUGGGACGGGGAUCAACGUAACAACAGCUGAGUGGCCUGCGCCGUCUUUUCCCCUACGGGUGAUUCCUCUUCCUCCUAUCGUCUCUUGUACCCACACUACCAUUUUUGGUACAGCAUCCAUCUGUCGGGCGCUUUGUGUGAAAUUAAGAGGAAGAAAAAUAUGGAAAAAAGAAAAACCAAAAAGAAAAAUCACCCCUCCUCCCCCUUACUUCCUUUGCUAACGACCUCAGAACUUUGGUACCAUAUCACAGAUUGUCUCUAAGCGCCCUCUACCAGGACUUCGUCACAAGAACCAAGUAUAUACUCCGUGCGUCAGGGGGUUUUGGGGGGGAGGGUUUUGGCUGGCUUCAAAGCCCCGUACCAAGCUGUCAGAGCCCA